AGAGUUCCAUUCUGACUCGUCUGUGUCCGUCAAUGUGGUGAAUAUUUCUGCCUCCUGCCUUCUCCGUGUCACAUUCCAGCUUCCAGGGCACAGCGUCCUCCUGACAUGGGUUAUAAAGAGAAGCACAGCUCCAUUACGCAUCUGCACACGGCGUUAUGAUCACCUUUUACCACCAGUGACUUUUUGAACUGUUUUGAAUAGGCAAACAGACUAUCUAGGAGAAUUUACCUUUCCUUUUUCUUCCUUCCUUCCUUGAGUUUUCUGGACUUAUAUGCAGUCUCACACAGAGAACUCACUCACAAACAGUGGAAUACUCAAGUAAAAAAAAUCUUUUACGGCUUCAGCUCAGAAGUGUGUGCAUGGACAAGAGAAAUAUACACUGGUGUGAGAUCGCAUAGAUGAACCACUAUGUAUCAACACACUCCAGUGCCACACAAUAAGUGAUCCAGAGAGCGUCUGCGUGGAUGAAAUGGUUACAGCUUUCCUCAAUGAAAGGCAAGCCACUACUGAGGAGAUGGCUUUAGUAAGCAAUGCACUGGCUGCUUACUCCUUCAUAGCAGAUCACCCGGAACGGGCGGCACUGUAUUUUGUGUGUGGAGUGUGUUUGGGACUCGUUCUCACGCUCAUCGCGUUGGUGGUGCAGAUCUCCUGUCGAACAGACUGCAAAACGCAACAAGCCCCCAAGAAACCAGGAAAGACUGCGGAGACCACCAGUGACACAAGCGACAGCGAUUCGGACUGGGACAAUACCUCCGACCUGUCAGCACGCCGCCACCGGCGCUUUGAACGGACGCUCGGUAACGUGUUUACUUCCGCCGAAGAGCUGGAGCGCGCACAGCGAUUAGAGGAACGCGAGCGGAUCAUAAGGGAGAUCUGGAUGAACGGACAGCCGGACAUGCCGGGCACACGCAGCCUGAACCGCUACUAUUAAAGUCUCUGAAAUAAUGAGACGGAAGGUUUGAGGAAAUAUUAAACAAUAAAAUAGCUAUUAAACAUAUUUGGGAUACAGUAAGGGACUGAGAUAUGAGAAAAGCCAACACUUACAAAACGUUUCGGAACAUCUCUUAUGGUGUCAUACGUGUUUUUGAAGGUGCACUCAGUAUAUAUAUUUUUGGUUUAUGUUGCGCCCACAGUCGUAUUAUACUUAUGCUGAUACCUAUGGUGGCGUGGAUGAAAAAACAACGUUUUUAAUUUGAUUAAGUUUAGGUAAAUUUGGACACUUUUGCCAGCUAUUUGGGCUAUUCGACAUAAUUAAUUUAUUUCACGAAUGAGUAAGCAACAUAUACACUCUGCCUUGCUUUAUGUAGAAUAAAUCAGUUCUUAUCCACCUUCUGUUUGCUGUAAGAGUGGGCGUGGCCAUUUGUACAUUUUAUGGUUGUGGCUUCCGGUCACAUCCACGUCCAUUUAUUUUUAGCUGUACAAAACAGCUCGUUCUGCUGCUUGAUAUUGCAAAUUGGUGUGUCUUACCAUAUUAUUUUAAUGUAUUAUCUUGAUUAUGAACACACUGGUUUGUAGUGCAACUGUUUACUGCACGUUGUUAUUCUUCUCGUUACUUCCAUAUAGCGGCUAACGAACAGGAAGUCUCGCCCAUAUGCGUACUUCUGCGUUAGAAUAAGUUGGAUAAAGUUACAGGUAGGUUAUGGAUGUUGACUUCAUGAUUUAUUUUUUUUUUUAAGUGUUAUUCAUUCCUUGGUGUGUAAAAUGUUUUAAGGAGGGAAAAUUACUGAGUGUACCUUUAAUGCAAACUUGUUUUAAUGAAGAAUUCACCAUGUAAAACAGGUGGAGGAAAAAAUAACAUGCUUCAGCUUUGAAUAUGCUUGACUUGAAAUACUGUAUUUUUAAUUAGAAUAAAUUUCGUCUGAAAGUAGGUUUGGUCACGUGGACAUUGGACAUUUCAGACACCUAAUUUUAUUGAGAUCUUAUUCUUUAGUUGGCUAAUAUCUUUUUUUAUUUAAGCAAAAUGUCUUUCUGUUACAAACACUUUUAUUAUACUAAAGCUUUGUCUUGGAGCUCAGGGUUUUCAUGACCUCUGUGAAGGAUUUCUCUUCGUUUGUCAUAUUUUGUCAACUGACAAGACGUAAGGAUGGUCUGUGCCUUCAUUUUAGAAAAAAAAAUCACUAAAAAUGAGAAGAUACUUGAGGUGGAAAACUUAUAGACACCCAUUCUAGAAGUAUAUUUUCAUUUUUACAAUGUAUGCCUUCUUCAAGCAAGUAUUAAUUAUGCAUGGAAGACAAUCACCUCUGUUUGUACUAGAUUUUUCACAGGAUAGUAUCAGUUUUCAACAUGGUGCUAUAGGUAAAAUCCAUCCGUGCGUGAGCACAGUUCACUCCAACUUCAUGGCCCAGAAAUGUAUGAUAUAUCAAAUAUGUUCCUGUCCUUAUCUCACCCUUUGGUGUUCAACACAUGCAGCAUUUUAAUAAUGUAACAAAGAUGCUUCCACUGUCUCAUUCCACACUCAUUCAGUGUAAGUGUUUCAACGAUAUUUCUUUUAAUAGAAAUAUCUGGAUUUAUUAGAAAAUAAAUUUGUGUCUGGUUGUCUUUUAACAUGGUUGUUUUGAAUGUGUAUGAAGUAAUGUGCCAAACGUUUGUCUGUGGGUAAAGUUACUACAUCUUUAGAUAAAAUAAAAAAACAAAGCUUUUAAAACCAUUUGUUUA